CCCCUUGCUCUGCCCCAUGGGCUGCCCCAUCCCGCCGCAGACCACCUUCUGCUCUGCAGGAGAGGGUCUCGCGGUGGCAGCUCCUCUCCACCUCCCUGCCCUGCACUGGGACGAGGCACAACACUAUAUUUGUCCUGGCUGAGCAGUGCCGGUGAAACCCGACGCUGUGCGAGGCUGACAACUGGAGGCGCUUGUCUUGGCCACCUCCGUGUUGUGAUGAGAGGGGCCGGGACAGGCAGCAGCCCCGUCACUGCCGGCAGCAGCUCACAGGACACCGCACUCGGACCCAUGAACCCUCCGUCGCUGCUGGAAGAGGAUGACCGUCCAGCCCCGUGGCUGGUGGAGCCACAGGAAAGCAGGAGAGAGCACGGAGGAAGAGGGUUGUGUCACUCCCCUGGCAGAGCGGUGGCACGAAGCAGGCAAGUGUUCCCGAGGAGAAGGACUUUGGCGCGGCAAUGGCCACCGGCCAGCAGGAGCUCACAGCCGGGAAGAAACGCCGCUGGCUGCAGCGCCUGGUCCCGGACAACUUCUGGGAGGAGGCAAAGAAGCUACUGGUGCUGGCGGGGCCACUGAUCCUGAUCCAGCUGCUGAUCUUCCUGAUACACCUCAUCAGCUCCAUAUUCUGUGGCCACCUGGGCAAGGUCGAGCUGGCGUCCGUCACGCUGGCCAUCGCUGUUAUAAACGUCACUGCCAUCUCUGUAGGUUAUGGUUUGUCUUCAGCAUGUGACACCUUGAUAUCACAGACCUACGGCAGCAAGAACCUGCUGCGCGUGGGGGUGAUCCUGCAGCGUGCCAUCCUCAUCCUCCUGCUCUGCUGCUUCCCCUGCUGCGCCAUCCUCAUCAACAUCGAGCAGCUCCUGCUCCUCAUCCGCCAGGACCCAGAGGUCUCCAGGUUGACCCAGCGCUACGUGAUGGCGUUUGUUCCCGCUCUGCCGGCAGUUUUUCUGUAUAACCUGGAGACACGAUACCUGCAGAACCAGAUGAUCACGUGGCCGGUGGUGCUGAGCGGGAUCAUUGGCAACAUCGUCAAUGUGAUCGCAAACUGCAUCUUCCUCUACGUGCUCCACUUUGGCAUCACGGGCUCUGCCUGGGCCAACACCGUUGCUCAAUAUUCACAAACCAUUUUCUUGUUCCUGUACAUUAUAGGCAAGAAACUCCAUGUGAAGACCUGGGGAGGCUGGUCCAGCGAGUGCCUGCUGGAGUGGGACAGCUUCACCUCCCUGGCGAUCCCCAGCAUGCUCAUGAUGUGCAUCGAGUGGUGGACCUACGAAAUCGGGAGCUUCUUGAUAGGCCUGCUGAGCGUUGUCGAGCUCUCUGCCCAGUCCAUCAUCUAUGAGGUGUCUGUGGUUGCAUUCAUGAUCCCGCUGGGGCUGGGCAUGGCCGCCAGCGUGCAGGUGGGGAACGCGCUGGGUGCUGGUGACGUCCAAACGGCCAAGAGAUCGUCCUCCAUCAGCCUCCUCUGCACAGGGGGGUUUUGUGUAGCCAUUGGGGCCACUUUAGCAGCCACGAAGGAUGUGCUGGGGUACAUCUUCACCAGUGACAAGGAGAUCGUUGACUUGGUGGCCUGGGUCAUGCCGGUCUACGUUGUCUUCCACUUGUUUGAAGCCACGUGUGGCGCCUGCAGCGGGGUGCUCCGUGGUGUAGGCAAGCAGAAAUUUGGUGCCAUCCUCAACGCCGUGAGCUACUACGGCGUGGGCCUGCCUCUGGCAGCCGUGCUGCUCUUCGUGGCCAGGAUCGGCGUCAUAGGCCUGUGGCUCAGCAUGCUGGUCUGUGUCUCCAUGCUCUGCACCUGCUUCGUCAUCUACAUCUCCCGCAUGGACUGGAGGAAGGCGGCCGAGGAGGCUCAGCGUCGUGCAGGAGUGACCCAGCCAUCGCUGGAGGAGGCAAGCCCAGGCCCCGAACCCUCCUGCAAAGCCCCUCCCAGUGUGGGGCCAGCCACUCCACCCCACGCUUACCCCCCCGCCGCGGUGCUGCAGGGGUGCGUAGCGGGAGUGGAUGCGCAGAACGGCGUCGUACUCACGGGCAUCACCAGGACGGAGGGACCGACAUACCAGCUGGAGGCCCAGGAAGCCACACUGGCCACGUCCCCUCCGGUCACUGCUGUGGUCACCAAGGAGCUGCUCGUCCGGCGUGGGCUGGCGGCAGCUGCUGCCAUCGCUGUCCUCGUGCUUAGCAUUGCCAUAAAGCUGAUAACCAGCAAACACUGACUCGCACCAGGGACGCUGGGGACUUUGUUUUCGGGACAAACCCCCUCCUGACAGAUGGAUGUACAAAGCACAGACCGGCCAGCGCAAGAACCCAGCACACGCCUGUCCCACAGCAGUCAAAGGGUCAGCUCAUUCGGCAGCAUUUGCUCAGACAUGGGAACGGGCCCUGUGGCUGCUCUGACACCCAAAAUGCUGCUUUGGGCACCCCAAGUUGGGGAGCGACCCCAUCCAGCCUGCGCUGCCGCUAUCACCCCCCGACCGGAGCCGAGCACAUCCCGGCUCACACCGCUGCUCCGUGACAAACGCCAAAUAAAGAAUAAACCCCG